AUGGGUUACGAGAACAAGGUCAACCUGGAGGGCACGGCUGUGGAGCGUCACCCUGCGAUUGCUGAUGACAGCUACCUGAACUCUGUGCAGAGUACAGCCCCUCUCUCCUGUUCCGAGGGUUUCACUGAACUGGGCUACUACAAUGGUACCGUGUCCCAGACAGAUUCCGGCUCUCCCUGUCUGAAGUGGACCGAGUUCCCAGACUACGUACAGCAGUAUCCGGGGCGGGGUCUGGGCGAACACAGCUACUGCCGGAACCCGGACCGAGAGUCCAACCCCUGGUGCUUUUUCAGACAGAGCUCCGGAGCCAUCGGCUGGGCUUACUGCGACUGCCAUCAGGGUGCAGCCCGUCUGGUGGGCGGCCCAUCUCCCCAAAGUGGGCGAGUGGAGGUGUAUCUGAACGGCCAGUGGGGUUCUGUGUGCGACACACACUGGACCGACCGAGACGCCAGCACGGUGUGUCGUCAGCUCGGCCAGGGUGAGAUCGGCACAGCUCUGCGUAACGCUCCCUUUGGCCCUGGCUCCGGCCUCUUCCAUUAUGAACGCCUUGGUUGCCGUGGCGAUGAGAGAUCCCUCCUGCAGUGCAGGAGCAGGAAGUUUGUCACCGGUAACUGUAACCAUGGAAACGAGGCGGCAUUGUUGUGUGCACCACCUGAAGGCAACGGGCCCCCGCUGAGGCUGGUCGGGGGGGAGGAGGAUUUCGAGGGACGAGUGGAGGUGUUUCGUGACGGCCGCUGGGGGACGGUGUGUGACGACCAGUGGGACAAUAUGGAUGCUGAGGUUGUCUGUAGACAACUGGGACUAGGUGGUGUCCCUAAAGCGUGGUCCUGGGCCCACUUUGGUCAGGGCAUGGGCCCCAUUCUGCUGGAUGCUGUACAGUGUUCGGGGAAUGAGCUGUCUCUGGAGGAGUGUCCACACAGCGACUGGGAGCAGCAUAACUGUGACCAUAUGGAGGACGCUGGAGUCUCCUGUAACCCUUACACAGAUGGUGUAGUGAGGCUGGUGGAUGGGGAUAACCCAUGGGAAGGUCGGUUGGAGGUGUAUCACUCUGGUGACUGGGGUUCUGUGUGUGACGAUAACUGGACUGACCUCCACGCCCAGGUCGUGUGUCGACAGCUUGGAUUCAGGGGGCACGCGGAGGUGGCCCCCGCCGGUACGUUUGGGGAGGGGGCAGGACUGAUCCUGCUGGACGAUGUGGAGUGUGUGGGCACUGAAGACUCCCUGCUGGAGUGUAAACACGGUGUGUGGGGGAGACACGACUGCUCACACAGUGAAGACGUGGGGAUACGCUGCCACAGAAUGGAGAACAACCAGAUCCCAGAGGUCCCUGUUACCACAGGAGUGAUGGUGCGGCUGGUGGCGGGGGAGAACAGAAAGGAGGGGAGGGUGGAGGUGUUUGUGAACGGAGAGUGGGGAAGCAUCUGUGACCAUGGCUGGAAUGACGUCAACGCCGCGGUGGUCUGUAGGCAGCUGGGAUACACCGGUGUCUCUAAGGCUCGGUCCAUGAGUUACUUUGGGCCGGGGAAAGGACCCAUCCAUUUGGCCAGCGUCAGGUGCACGGGGAAGGAGGCGUCUCUGGGAGAGUGUCCCGCCAAGGGCCAGGACAGCCAGGUGUGUAAGCACGGACAGGACGCUGGCGUGGUGUGCGACUACGUACCCGAGCCUGCGGAAGACGUCGCCGUGGUGGGCACACACACCUGCGGCCUGAGGGCGGGCGCAGAGCGACGCAGCAAACGGAUCGUCGGAGGAUAUAAAUCUGUCAGAGGGGACUGGCCCUGGCAGGCAUCCCUGUGGUUGAAGUCUCAGUCCAGGGGGAAACAGCCUCUGUGUGGAGCCACUCUCAUCAACUCCUGCUGGCUCCUGACUGCCGCCCAUUGCUUCAAACGGUAUGGCAGUGAACCGGGGCGGUACGAGGUGCGUCUGGGCGACUAUCACACGGAGGAGAGGGAUGAGUUUGAGCGAGUCUUGUCCCCCGAACGCAUCGUCGUUCAUAAGAAGUACAGCAGUGAGAGCUGGGAGCAUGACGUGGCUUUGAUUCGUCUGCGGGGGUCAGAGGGCAAAUGCGUGAGCUUUAACCCCCACACCAACGCCGCGUGCCUGCCUGCCCCGGGCAGCAAGUGGGGAAAAAGGCCGGCGUCCUGUGUCAUCACUGGCUGGGGCGUUUCAGACUCAGAGCACCCUCAGACACUCUUGCAGGCCUGGGUUCCUCUCCUCCCGUCCUGGCAGUGUAGGAAACGGUACGGGGAGCGUUUCUCCAGUCACUCCAUGCUGUGCGCUGGGAGCAUGACCUCUGACCUGCCUCACGGCGACACCUGCCAGGGUGACAGCGGGGGGCCGCUGGUGUGUCAGGGCGAGGGCGGGCGCUGGGUACUCACGGGGGUCGUGUCCUGGGGUUACGGCUGCGGUGACCCCUCCUACCCCGGCGUGUACGCGCGGGUCAGUCGUUUCCUGCCCUGGAUUGAACAGAUGACACACAGUACCGCCCCCAUCCAGCACUGA